UCAAGGCGCUGGUUUUUAUGCGGAUCGAGAGAUCGCAGUGAGUGGAACUGGGAAUGGGGACGAGUUCAUUCGAAUUUCGGCUGCGAAGCAAAUAGCUGAUUUGGUGAAAUAUUCCAAAAUGACUUUAUCACAAGCAUGUAAUCAGGUUGUACUUGUUGAUUUAAAGCAAACGAUGGCCGGCUUCAUAGGACUCGAUAAGGACGGUAAUAUUGCUAUGCCCUUUAACACGCCAGGCAUGUUCAGGGCUGUACUGCUCGAAAACAGCGAACCCAUUGUCAACAUUUAUGAAUAA